CUCUUACCAUUCGGACCAGAUUCCGCUAGUAUUUCAAGGACAUCUCAACCGUGAAAAUGCUGGUGCACAGUCUCGUGGUGCUGUCUUUGGCCCUUGCUGGAGUGUAUUGUACUAAAUGUGAGUCUAUUUCGGAAAAGAAGCAAAACAUUCUGAAUACGUUGGCAUGCUGGAACGAGGACAAUGAAGAGAGCUACCAGUCAAAUUUCGGAAACCCCACUGGUGGAAGUUCUGGGUACAGGAGCUGCAAGGAAAUCAAGAAAUCAGAUAAGCAUGCUGAAGAUGGAAUAUACAUGCUGACCACUGAUGAUGGAGUGGCCUAUCAGACCUUCUGUGACAUGACAACCAAUGGUGGAGGUUGGACCUUAGUGGCCAGUGUUCAUGAAAACAACUUAUAUGGCAAGUGCACUGUGGGAGAUCGCUGGUCCUCCCAGCAGGGGGACAACCUCAAUAAUCCAGAAGGGGAUGGAAACUGGGCAAACUACGCCACAUUUGGGCUUCCUGAUGGAGCUACCAGUGAUGAUUACAAGAAUCCCGGCUAUUAUGACAUCGUUACCAAAGAUUUGGGCAUAUGGCAUGUUCCCAACAAGACACCCUUGACCCAGUGGAGGAAUUCGUCUCUCCUGAGAUACCGCACAGACAGCGGCUUCUUCUCUCAAGAGGGGGGUAACCUAUUCCAGCUAUACAAAAAAUACCCGGUGGUGUACAAUGUCGGGGGCUGUCUGACACACAAUGGCCCUGCUGUUCCUGUUGUGUAUGACUUUGGAAGCGCAGAGAAGACAACAUCGUACUACUCACCAUUAGGAUCAAAAGAGUUCACUGCUGGCUAUGUCCAUUUCCGACCAAUCAACACAGAAAGAGCGGCUCUGGCUCUGUGCGCAGGUGUGAAGGUGAUGGGCUGCAAUGUAGAACAUCAUUGCAUCGGUGGAGGCGGCUACAUCCCAGAGGGAUUCCCCAGGCAGUGUGGAGACUUUGCAGCAUUUGACUGGGAUGGUUAUGGAACACACGCAGGAUAUAGUGCAUCCAAGGAGAUAACUGAGGCAGCUGUACUCCUCUUCUAUCGUUAAUUUGAUGCUGUCAUAUGAUUGCUAACAUUCAUUAUGCAUAAAAUGAUGUAUUACACAGAUUUUGUAUAUACAGUAUGUGUAAGUGAAUAAUAAGAGUGAAUAUAUUGAUACUUCAAACUUUUGUGAGAACCAAAUUAAAGUAAAAU